AUGUCCUCCCCUCAACCAGUAGCGCAUAUAACGUUCAAACGCGCUCGCAAGUCAGGCAACUAUCUCAUCGACAAAUCCUACCCCGUCAUAUCACCCUACCGCGUCUCCCCCUCCCGGUCCCGCAGAAGGCACAGCAGCGUAAUAGUUGACAGCAACAACAGGGAAAUACCGAACCUUGAUUCUCUCCUACUUACGGACUCCUCGAGGGCGCAGAGUCGCGCUAGGAGUGUGAGGCCGAGGCAGUCUGUGCGGCCUGUACCGACAGAGGAUAGGCAGGAAGAGGGGCACGUUGCAGUGCCAGAAACAGAGACAGCGAGCGCCCUAUCUCCGCCGGUGUCCAGCAUUCCUGCUGUACCACAAAGAGCAACAGAAGCCACGACAUUCCCGACCCCUGUAAUUCCUCCCUCAACGCCAUUCCCAGCCCCACCAAAGUUCAACACAGCGCAGGAACUGAUCACCGCUCUCUCCUUCACCAAACCAGACGACCUACCCUCACAGCGCCUCUUAACUGAACGGAUCCUCUUCUCCUCUCCCUCCCUCCCUUUGCUCCCCCCCAUCCCGCUUCUUACACAUACGAUCACCCGCCUCCUCACGCCAUCCCCCCUUCCCCUCCUGCCCCAGCUACUGCAGCUCCUUUCCCAGCUUGAACUGCAUCGCCAACUGCUCUCCUCCCAAGGCACAGCCGCACUCUCUAUUCACGCAGCGACAAAAGGCCCGGGGAAGUUGGGACGGGAAGCAAGACGCCGUCUUAGAGAAGUAGCAGGUGAGAAAGUAGGCGAAGCACAAAGAAGAAAAUGGUGGGUCCUAACGCUCCAUUUGCGAAAAACCUACAUCCGCGAACAACUCACGCUCAACCCCUUCGUUCCCCCUGACACGCUCCUCACUCCCGUCUUCCCCUCCACUCCCAGCCUCAGCACCGUCCAUCUCUCCCCACUCGAAGCCUCCGAACUCUCCGCCCUCAAGCUCAAAUGCUCUGAGCAGAUCUCCGCCGUCUCCCUCUGGGCACGACACUUUACCGGCACGCCCGCCCAAGCACAGGCAUCAUUCGACAUACGCUGGCCUAUGAGCCCAGACUGGAAGACGACGGUAGACGUCGUCAGGGGGUAUUGUAAGGACGUGCAAGAGCUUGAGGGGGUGCUGACGUGCUUGUUUGGCGACGAGGAAGAGAUCAAGUUCGAACCCCUGGAAGUGAGCCAGCUGGUGAGGCCGCCUAAGCUUGAACCGGCGAGUCCUGCCCAGCCGCUGCUUGCUGUUUUCCGAUGA